CAUCAUCGCCAUGACCCUGCCAACCAACAGUUCGUCCACCGUGGCCGAGGACGACUCGGACAUGUUUGGACCGCCGCACUCGUCGCCACCGAUCCGCCGCAACCGUCCGAAGGUGCCGAUGAUCUCGCCCCAGCUGAAACAGCGCGAGGUGCGCAAGCGGAUCCUACAGCUGUGCGUGCACAAGCUGGAACGGAUCAAGGACUCGGAGCGCAACCUGCGCCGAUCGGUGUGCAUCAACAACACGUACUCCCGCCUCACCGAUGACAUACGGCGCGAGAAGCAGCACAAGCUGCUGAUGCUCUCCAAUCUCGCCAAAUCUAAUGAUAGCAACCGUAAGCAGCUCGAUGAGGACGAUGUGUCGUCGGAGGAUUGCAUCAACAACAACAUUACCAAUGCCAACAACAACAAUCACCAUCACCUGCACCACCAUCACCACCAUCACCACCAUCUGCACCAUCAUCACGGCAGCAGUAGCUGCAGCGACGAACUUGGCGAGUUUGUGCACAACAAUGAAAACAUGAACAACAACUGUCAGCUGCAGCAUAAUCAUAAUCUAUCCUCGCAACACCACCACAACCACCUCAACCACCAUCAGCACCUGCAGGCUCUGCACCAACGGUUGUCCCAGUCGCACCAUCUUCACCAAGCGGGCACCGUACCGCACCAAGCGAACGGUGUUGGUGCCGGAAACGAUACGUGCAACGGAACCACCUCCAACAACAACAGCAACACCACCUCCUCUACGCCCUCCUCCACCCCGUCGGACUUCUCCUCGAGCGUUCCCGACACAGACCGACCGUCACCGGUGAGCCAAAGAAAGUCGUCCUCGGUCGAAACGGAUCUGGAAACGCUCGAUCGCGAACUGUGCGCGCUGGACGCCGCAAUGCCGCUGGUCGAUCCGGAGAUAACGCAGGGUGCGGAACAGCUCGAGCAGGCGAUGGUCUCCCGCAAGCGCAAGUUUGCCUCGAUCGAUGACGACGACAGUGAUCGGCUGGUGCGGGAAGCAUUGUCCCAGAUCUAUCUGCCCAGUGCCGGCCGUCUGCUGACCGGCAUCGACGAUUGUCCACCGGCGACGGAAAGAGGGGCCGCCGGUGAGGAUGAGGAUCUUCAGCGUGACGAUGGCGAAUGUAUCUCACCCAAGCGACCAAAGAUUGGCGAUCUGCUGGAACAGCAUUCCUUCUCCCAUCCCUUCCUGCACCCGUUCCAUCCGUUGCCGGAUUUGGCCGGGUUCGACUAUCAGGUGCACCAUCACCAUCAGAAGGAGUUUGAGGUGAUUAUGGAUGCGCUCCGGCUCGGGGUAAGCAAUGGUGGUGCAAUGGCGGCAGCAGCGGUGGUGGCCGCGACUUCAGCCGCCGGAGCAGCGGCAGCGGCGGCAGCAGCAGCAGCGGCUGCAGCGGCUGCCACCGGUAACGCAACCGGCACGGCGAUGGGUUGCGGUGUUACCGGAAGCGCGGCUGGCAACGGUCCAGUGACGGUCGGUUCGAACGGAACUGGUACGAAUGCUUCCUGCAACGGUACGGUAGGGGGUGUUGAUUCCUGCGGUCAGGCGGCCAUGCUGAUGGGCACGGACGGUGGUGCCAGCGUGUUCCACAAUCUCGUCGUUACGUCGCUGGAAACUUGAAAGUAGGCCGCCGACACACAACGGCGCUCGGUGCGUGUGUGCGAAUGGUUGCUGUAGAGGUAGUAGUGGUGGUAGUAGUGGU